AUGGCUGGAGCUGCCGACUCAGGCGCGCCCGCGGCCACUGCGCCAGAGGAGUCGCCCUCCAAGUAUCUGACCCGCUUUUGGCGUGCCAAUGCGUCCGCCUUCAUGCGCUGGUUCUUGGCGCUGCCGUACGCCGGUCAAGUGUCGCUGCUUCGCAACGCAUCGCCCGAUAUUCCUUUAUCGUAUGACCCCAAGGAGCCGCGUCCGCAGGCCACACAGCUGCUCACGCCCGAGCUGACACUUAAGGCGCUACUAGAAGAGAACGGAAAGGUUCUGCUGCGCCUCAUGAAUGCACGUGCCACUAAGGCUGACCAGUGUAGUCGUCACGAUCUUCUCUACCUCGCGUCACUUCGAGCUUCUGGCACUAUGCCCACGUUCUCCGGUGAGACGUUCAAGCACGUUUCUCUGGCCUUCAUUGACCUGGCGGACCCAGAACAGAACGUGCAGUCGCUGCUACCUUCAGCGUCGCCCGAGAUUAUUGAAGAGAAGAAGAACCUGAUUAAGCAGGGGAAACUCAUGGAGGCCGACGUGUGGCUCGCACUGCAGAUGCGGCAGCAGGUUAUCCUCACGAUGCUCACUAACGUGGCGCACACAUUUGAGACCAUGUUUUUGAAGCAGGUAAUGGUUGGGGAGGUUAGUGCUGCCGAAGUGGGCUGUAGAUAUUGCGGUUUGGCCACGAGAAGCAAGGGAGGCGCGGAGGGUGCAACGACCUUGCUGCAAUGUGCAUGCGAAGCCGCGUUCUACUGCUGCAAGGAACAUCAGGUAGAAGACUGGACUAACCACAAGACCAGCUGUAAAACGAUACGGAAGGAGAAAUCUGCUGUGGAGAAGACGAAGGAGGCAAACUAG